AUGGAUGUGCCAAUGAAAUCUAAGGCUUUUGGUUGGCGUAGUUUCCUUAGUAGACUUCCGACAAAAGGAGCACUUGUUAGAAAAGGUAUUAUUCCUAACUCCAAUUCUUUUUGUGCUUUUUGUCGUGGCACCAUGGAGGACCCGGUCCACUUAUUGGUGUCUCGUUAUUGCGUUGAUUUGAUUUGGAGGGAAAUGGCCGAGUGGUUUGGUUUUGAUAACUACAAAGCGGUGGACAUUAAGGAAAGCUUUAUGAGGUGGUUCAAUUACGGAAGGAGAGUUGGUCUUAGAAAGGGAAAAGAGGGAGUCGUAUGGUUGGCGGUGGUGUGGCAUAUUUGGUUGGUCAGGAACGGUAUUGUGUUUAAAGGUGACACUUAG